UUACCCUUUUUUUUUUCCCUACUUCUUCUUUUACUAUUUCUCUUUUUACUUGAUUCAAUGUCUACAUUAACACAAAAGAAAACACCUUUAAAUGCUUAUGUGGGUUUUGAUACCAUCACUCAACAAAUUGAAAGGAAAUCACUUAAAAGAGGAUUUCAAUUUAAUGUUAUGGUAGUUGGUCAAACUGGCUUAGGAAAAUCGACACUUAUUAAUACUUUAUUUGCUUCUCAUCUAAUUGAUUCUAAAGGACGUAAAAAUGCAGAAGAUUUGAAGAAACAGACAACCAAAAUAGAAUCUAUGUCUCAUGUUAUUGAGGAAAAUGGUGUUGUUCUGAGAUUAAAUAUUGUUGACACUCCAGGUUAUGGCGAUCAAGUUAAUAAUGAAGAUUGUUGGGAACCCAUCAUUAAAUAUAUUAAAGAUCAGCAUUCUACUUAUCUUCGUAAAGAAUUAACAGCUCAACGUGAAAAGUUUAUUCAAGACAAUAGAGUUCAUUGUUGUCUUUAUUUUAUUGCUCCUUCUGGUCAUUCUUUAAAGCCUAUAGAUGUUAUUGUUUUAAAGAAACUGGUUGAAGUCGUUAAUGUAGUACCUGUUAUCGCAAAAGCUGAUUCACUUACAAUGGAAGAACGUAUUUUAUUUAAACAAAAAAUUAAUGCAGAAUUAGCUUUUCAUAAUAUUCAAUUAUAUCCUUAUGAUAACAUGGAAGAUUAUGAUGAAGAAGAACGUAUGUUGAAUACAAGUAUUAGAGAACUUCUUCCUUUUGCUAUUGUUGGAUCAGAAAAACAAGUGAUUGUAGAUGGAAAAUCAGUCAUUGGACGUAAAACAAAGUGGGGAACUAUUAUAGUUGAAGAUGAAAAUCACUGUGAAUUUAUUCAUUUACGUAACUUUUUAACACGUACUCAUUUACAAGAUUUAAUUGAAACAACUGCAAUGGUUCAUUAUGAAACCUUUCGUUCAAAUCAACUUUUAGCCUUAAAAGGUGCUGUUAGUCCAAAUGUGAAUCAUUCCCCUACUUCUUCUCCUAAUGGUGUUAAUGAAAAUAAUUCUACUACUACAUCCACUUCUAUGAAUAACACGACAACAAGUAGUAAUGGUGGCCCCAUUCCUGCAAAAGUAUUUCCACCUUUUGCAUAAAAAUUAUUUAUAAAUAUUCUAUUUUUUGUUUACUUUGCACAUUAAGAAAGAGAAUAAUUUUUUUUUAAAAAAAAAAAAAAAAAAAA